CGAAUGAGUUCAAGCAGAUGAACUUUGCUGUGUCACUGUCACUUCAGACAUUCCUGCGAAAAAGCGUGCACGCUGAAGCAGCCCUGUGGAACCGCAGUGGGAAUGAUGUGCUCCAGGAAGUCCUGUCACCAUGAUGCACAGCAGAGGAAGAACUGAACAAGAGACACGUGGACUGAGAGACACUGGCUGAAAUCACAGAUGCUGCGUCCAGGUUUGGUUUGGUAGAAGAGACCUCUCAGCGCCUCCAACUGCGAACAAGUCGCAUCAGUUUCAGACAUCACACGAAGAAAAAGUCAGAGGAAAGAUCCAACAGAUUCAAAUACGAGGAAGGAAUCAUGAACAACGGAGAGCAGGCACAGCCGAUUCACGAGGUGUGACGUCCACUGCACAACUGCACCCGUGAACUGAUGUCAACUUGAAGAAACCCACGGCCUUUACUGACCCCUGCUGGUGAUGACUGGGAAGUGCAACAACAUGGAGGCUGUGCCUUUAACACAUGAUGUCAACGUAAAUGUGACGAGCUGGGAAAACAGAACAAGGACCUCGCCUGUCUGUACAGCGCGUUGGAGAAGGACAAGAAAGGAAUCACUGAGUUUCUGAAACGCUCGGUUGCUGCAGAAGAGAAGAAGGUGGAGGAGCUGUCUGAGCGGCUGGAGAAUCAGCAGCAGGCAGCUAAGCAGGAGCGAGAGACUCUGGAGCUGCAGCACAGGCAGGAGGCGCAGGAGCUGCAGGAGAGAAUUGACGAGCUUAAAUCAGAGACCACGAUGCAGAUGACAGAGAUUGAGGAGCAGCAGGAGAAUCUGAGGCAGCUGAGGCAGCAGCUGUCUGUUGUGGAGUCUCUGAAGCAGCAGCUGGUCAGUCAGAGGGAAGAGCAUGAAGCUGCCGCCCACAGACUGAAGAUGGAAGCAUCGUGGGCGAUAGAAAAGACUAUUGAGCGCAGUCGGAACAGAGAGGACAACUGCGUCCGGACAGAGGUGUCCAACAUUCUUCAGGGGGAGAGAACUCAGCACCGUAAGAUGCUGGAGAUGCUCCAAUUCCUGCAGAGCGAGAAGGUGCAGCUGCAGAAGGAGAAUGACAUCCUGCGAGACAGAGGGAGAGAACUUCAGGUCAGGAGUGACGACCUGAAGAAAGAUCUGAACAAGAUUAACCAGGCGAGCUUCGUGCCCAAGGAGGAGGUGGAGCAGCUGAGGAAGAAGUGCCAGCAGCAGACGGAGGAGCAGAAGCAAUGCAGCACCGCCCACCAGCACACUCUGGCCCAGAUAGAGGCUCUCAGACAGCGCCUCGCCUCAGUGUCCAGUGAGUGCUCUCAAAAAACAGCCGAGGCAGAUCAGCUGAGGGCCGAGCUACAGACGGAGAAGAGCAGGAUUAUGCAGCUGGGUGGUGUCAUGCAGGAAGCAGCCGUCCUCCUCAGACACAUCCUGACGGACUCAGAGAAGCCUCAGUGGAAGAUACCGAGGCUGCUGGAGAUCUUGGAAAGCACCGCCCCCCGGGGAACAGACUCCACCCCCGGCGACCCCACUGAGAAGAGCAGUCGAGGACAGAAACCUCAGACCUCUGGCCCCAGACCAGCUCGGACGCUCUGCAGACAGAAGACGUCCAGCUCUGUCAGCCCGGCUCCUCAGGGGCAGGAGCCUCCAGCUGAACCUGAUCCAGUCAACAGAAAGAAAGAUGAGUGUUCUUCAUCCUGCCGCUCCAUUUCAAAAUAAAGGUUUCAGUCACUGUGAUCCUGCAUUAGUUCUGACUUCUAAUCUGUUUGUGGAGGUUUGAACAUUUACAGGUUGCACAGUAUUUUUUGUAUUGUGAUUCUAUUGACUGAUUGUUUUUAAUUAAUUUAUUUAAAUCUCAAUUUAUAGUUUUGUCCUCAGAUGUCUUGUCCGAAACCCAAAGACAGUUAGGUUGUAGUGAUCGAAACGAAGCAAAGCAGGAAAUCCUCACAUUAGAGAAACUGUAAAUUUGUUUGUGCAAAUGAAUAUGAUAAAUAAUGUCAUGUUCUUCAGACAUGAGCUCAAGCUCAUGGUUGUGAGGCCUUCACAGGAGGAAAGCAAAGAAUAAUGCAUUUGAAUCUUUCUCCACGUGAUCAGUGACUGCAUGUCGGACCUUACCCUCUCUCACUGAUGUCUGAUCGCUGCUGUAAACUCAUUAUAAAGACGCUGAAUCACAGAUUA